CCGCCAUAGUCAUUCAGAACAAUUCAAAGUGCAAAGCAUUUCAACAUCUGAACGACGACUGACAUAGGCUGUCUAAUACCAUGUUUGCUCCACAGAAAGGCGUUAGCUAUGGCAGAUAUAGCGUAUUCAUGUGUGCUCUCAUGUACACUGCAGCGCCUCGUGUUGACGGGGAAAAAAUUUAUGAGUGCUUUGUGGAUGGACAAUUUGUUCGUACACCAGCUGGUCACUUCUGUUGUAACCAUAGGCUGGUGAGGGAAGGAGACAAGGGCUGCUGCUAUGGCCAUGACACGAGGGUGUUCUACACGAGGUACAACAUCUGUUGUGAUGGGAGGGUCAUGUCUAGGUAUAUCAUGGAGUCUGGUGGAGAAGUCGAGCGCACGUGUUGCGGCAACAGGGCGAUUCUUCUCAACAACAGCACCUGCUGUAACAAUACAGUUGCAGAGUACCCCAAAGCAGCCAACCCUGGUGACAUGCAGUGCUGUGGAGGUCAGUUGGUCAACAGACAUACAACCCUCUGCUGCUAUGCCGAGGACAACCCCAGCCAGGUGACGAAACACGUGUCCGGCCCAAACUUCCAGUGCUGCGGCAUCAAGGUGAUAGACCAGAGGCUCCAACAGUGCAAUAGGAUGAACGGCAAGGAAGUGGCUGUGGAUCUCCAGGAGCAAGUGUGUGGAGGACGAGUCAUCAGUCUCCGCACUCACAAAUGCUGUCUUGACAGGGUGCACAAUGUCCCUCACCUCAACCCGUGGAACAUCGGGCAGGAAAACCCUGAUGUACAGUGCUGUGGCCGGGCUGUGUACAACAUCUCCACACAAACAUGCUGUCCAGGCACAGGUCUAGCUGGCAACGUGGUGGAGAGGACGGAGCACCUGGCAUGCUGUGGGGCAGGUUCAGUGGACACUCGACAUCAGUUGUGCUGCAAGGGCCAUGCAGUGGCCAAGACCUCCCCCCAGGAUCAGUGCUGUGGCCCCAAGGUCUUCAACCCCUACAUGCACAGUUGCUGCGACGACAUCACACCCUUCAACACACUCACUCACUACUGCUGUACAGGCAGCCCCAGUCAACCACUCAGGAAGGGCCAGGACUGCUGUAGCACACUGAAGUCAUGCAGCCACUAUACGGGAGAUACAGAGAUGAGGACCAGCCCCCGGGACACAGUGUGUGAGGGUGUCCGCUUCCUCCCUGAACUGGCUGUGUGCUGCAACAGUCAAGUCCACUACUUUCCUCCUGGAGACACUCUCGGCUGCUGCCGGCGCUGGGAUCUGAAGCAGACAGUCUACAGUGAGACCACCCAGAUGUGCUGCCAGGGUCACGUCCACAAUGAGUCAGCCAAUGAAGCGGAAUGCUGCAGUACCCAGGCCUAUCACCUGUACAGUGGGCACAACCCCUGCCUGGUUUGUGUCCCAGGGGAUGUCCUGCCCCCUCAUCAGAUGUGCUGUGCCAACCAGACAUAUGACAAGCGGUAUGACGGGGAUGCGUGCUGUGGACAUGUGCCCUACUUCAGUCAUGAGGAGACCUGCUGUAAUGGGCAGGUGCAAGAUGGUGACAGUUCAUGUCAGUACACACAACAGCCUGGUGCCCAGAUUAGCAGCGCCUGCAGCUAUGGCUUCCCCUCGGUCCCUCUGAUGGUGGCAGUAGUCCUGCUCUUCAUGAACAGCAGGCUUGCAUCUCUGUAGCACUAGGGCUGAACAGUAUGGAGCAAUACGGGUAAUAGCUGCAAAAUCUCAAGCCAUUAUGCAGACAAUCCACCAAGACGGUAGUGCAUUUACUGGGAAGUCUUUCUGCAAGGUCACAUGGUCAGAGGAAAGUACACAAUCUCUGUGACUGGUGUCUCUGCAUUGUAGUUUUCUAUAAUUGUUUGGAUACAACAGUCACAUUAUGUUCUUGUCUUUUUUCAUAAAUAUCUCAAAAGUUACUGAAUAUCAUAAGAUAAAAUACUAUCGAUGUUAUGUAUUUUUGCAUUCUAGUGAGUUAUAUUUCAUGGCCACCCAAAUUAUUUGUAAGCAAUUUUCAGAAUCACUUGUAGUGUCCUUACUAGGGCUAGAGAGCAUACCAUGGCCACUUGAUGGACAUCUGUUGACUGACAGAAAUAGAGACCGACCUCGUGAAGUGAGUAUUGGCCCUCAGUGAUGAGGUCAGACAAAUAUUGAGCGACCUUAUGGCGUGGACAAUAGUGACCGACCUUGUGAUGUAGACAAAUAGUGACCAAUCUCGUGGUGUGGAAAGACAAGUAGUGACUGAACUCUUGAUGUGGGUACACUGACCUCUUGAUGUGGGUACACUGACCUCUUGAUGUGGGUACACUGAACUCUUGAUGUGGGUACACUGACCUCUUGAUGUGGGUACACUGACCUCUUGAUGUGGGUACACUGACCUCUUGAUGUGGGUACACUGACCUCUUGAUGUGGGUACACUGACCUCUUGAUGUGGGUACACUGAACUCUUGAUGUGGGUACACUGACCUCUUGAUGUGGGUACACUGACCUCUUGAUGUGGGUACACUGAACUCUUGAUGUGGGUACACUGAACUCUUGAUGUGGGUACACUGACCUCUUGAUGUGGGUACACUGACCUCUUGAUGUGGGUACACUGAACUCUUGAUGUGGGUACACUGACCUCUUGAUGUGGGUACACUGACCUCUUGAUGUGGGUACACUGACCUCUUGAUGUGGGUACACUGACCUCUUGAUGUGGGUACACUGAACUCUUGAUGUGGGUACACUGAACUCUUGAUGUGGGUACACUGAACUCUUGAUGUGGGUACACUGACCUCUUGAUGUGGGUACACUGACCUCUUGAUGUGGGUACACUGAACUCUUGAUGUGGGUACACUGAACUCUUGAUGUGGGUACACUGAACUCUUGAUGUGGGUAUUCAGUAUUAAACAUGUGAUAAUGUAUGUAGUACAGAGUUUAAAUGUUGAUCUCAGAACUGUGAUAUAAUAAGAAACAUUGGCAACAUAACAGAGGUUUGUCUAGGAGUCCUCAUUCCCUACAGUCAAGAAAUACUCCUUCAUCCAUGAACACAUUACCUACCUGGGUUGCAAGUCUUUACAAUUGCAUUCAGAUUCUGACAUCAAUAUCUAGAUAUGCAUAUGGUGUUACUGUUAGUUGUAAACAGUUGGCCAUAUUAUGAUAUAGAAAUGUCUAGUCCUUUUCAGAAUAUUCAGAAUUCACAAUCACCAUGAUUCAAUUACAUUGUCUAACACCAACCACAACAGAAUGUUGGUGACAUGUUACCACUUCGGUGAAAUCCACGAGCACGGGUAUGGUGCUGACAAACCUAGAAACAUAAUUGGGGCGAACCAGGAUUCGAACCCACAAUCAAAGGAAUCUGGCGGGCCCAAGGGACGCAACUCUGCACAGCGAAUCACGGCGCCUUAGACGACUGGGCAACCGUGCCCUCGCUCAACUGGGGAACAGCUGUUUAUUACUGUAUCGUGCUUCUGAAUGCUUUGUGUUGGAAAUUCCUCACAUAUUGGGAGGCUGAUUUGAUGAGAGAAUUUAUCAUCCAAAACUGGCUUCCACAGGAGAUAUUGCUUGGAUUAGAUCAAGCGAUAUCUACACUGUAGAUAUCGCUGCAGUGAAAUUACAUCACAAUGCUUUGCAGACCAUUGUGAC